CGCCAUGCGGAUGCAACACGAAAUUGAUCCCUUUUGCCAGAAACCAAUAUGGCGCACGUACAUUCAAAUGACGAUUUGCCACUUUUCCGUAUUGCCACAUGUCCGUUGCCCUUUCUUUCCCCAAUCUUCCGGCUCGGAACUCUUUAGUUCCUCCAGUCACCCUCUAUCCCCUGAGCCCCGAACGAUGUGACCCGGCCCCGGCCGGGAUGCUGCUACUGGGCUACGAGCUCCCUCAGGACAUGGAUAGCCAGGCCCUGGUCAUCCGAAUACGCAUUCCAGACGGUGGCGCCGUGGACUGGACCGUGCAGCCGGCGACGCAGUUGCUGUUUCGGGACAUCCUGGAUGUGAUUGGCCAGGUGCUCCCAGACGCAACAACUACAGCAUUUGAAUAUGAAGAUGAGGAUGGUGACCGAAUCACUGUAAGGAGUGAUGAGGAGAUGAAGGCUAUGCUGUCUUAUUAUUGCAGUAUGGUCCUUGAACAGCAGGGGAGUGGUCCUCUGCAAAUCUACCCACGUGCCUGCAAGCCUCCCGGGAAGCGGAACAUACAUGGCCUCAAGGUGAACACCAGAGCAGGACCAUCUGGUAGCAGCAGCCCUUCAGUGUCAGACAAUAUGCCCAGCAAUAGCCUCAAGACAUCAUCUGCAGAACUAAAAAAGAUUUUGGCUAAUGGCCAGAUUAAUGAGCUUGACAUCCGGAAUCGUGAAAUUCUUGGACAUGGAAACGGGGGAACUGUGUAUAAAGCGUACCACGUUCCGAGUGGGAAGAUCCUGGCUGUGAAGGUCAUUCCGUUAGACAUUACAGUGGAGCUGCAGAGACAGAUUAUGUCAGAGCUGGAGAUUCUGUACAAGUGUGACUCUCCAUACAUAAUCGGCUUUUAUGGCGCGUUUUUUGCGGAGAAUCGGAUUUCUAUCUGUACGGAAUAUAUGGAUGGAGGAUCACUUGAUGUUUACAGGAAGGUUCCGGAGCAGGUCCUGGGCAGGAUUUCAGUUGCAGUGUUGAAAGGCCUCACAUACCUCUGGAGUUUAAAGAUCUUACACAGAGAUGUUAAACCUUCAAAUAUGUUGGUGAACACACGUGGACAAGUGAAGCUGUGUGACUUUGGUGUUAGUAUACAGUUGGUGAAUUCUAUCGCUAAGACUUACGUGGGCACAAACGCUUAUAUGGCGCCGGAACGGAUUGCAGGUGAACAAUACGGAAUUCACUCAGAUGUUUGGAGCUUGGGAAUCUCUUUCAUGGAGCUAGCACUUGGAAGUUUUCCCUACCCACAGAUUCAGAAAAACCAUGGGUCUUUAAUGCCGUUCCAGAUAUUGCAAUGCAUCGUUGAUGAGGACUCUCCAGUUCUUCCUGUGGGUGAAUUCUCAGAGUCUUUUGUACAUUUCAUUACUCAAUGUAUGAGAAAACUACCAAAGGAGAGACCUGCACCAGAAGAGUUAAUGGGUCAUCCUUUCAUUGUUCAGUUUGAUGAUGGUAACACAGAGGUUGUGUCCAUGUGGGUGUGUCGGGCGUUGGAGGAACGACGGGCACAGAGCGGACAGGAGUGAGAAUACUAGAACUAAACUGGCCGGUACCAACUGUUUGUGGAGAGUCGCUGUCAUAUGCACGGGGGAAUUGUGACUGGUAGCCUGUAGCUGGCCAUACUGUGUAAUGUACGUGCUCAGUGGGACAUAAGUGGCCGCUAACAACAAGCGACUAAAGGAGAUUGUACAGGACAGUAAGAAUGGUGAAGAAAGGUUGGACUGUUACACGCUUCAGCCACUUAUCUCUUUGGAAUUUACAAAGUAUUGCAAGAAACGCUAAUUUUCUGCUUUUUUGCAGAGGAAGUAAAGAAUACAUAUUGUACCCUUAUACUAAACAUGAGUGACACUCAUUGGGGUGAUUGGGUCUCAUCUUUCCGAGACACAGCCACUUGACGCAUUGUAGUGUCCAAUUCAUUGCCGUGUCUUCAAGAAGUCAGGUUUCCGCUGCAUAUGCAAGUGCCAUACGUAACACAAGCUACAUGAGUCUCAUUAGCUUAAACAUACAGCAGUUGUGGGUGAGGGUGGCUAAGUGGCAGGGUUAUCCUCCUCUGCCAGACACUCCAAUGCCAACCCACACAUGGACUCAGCUUGGCUUUCUCUCAUGAACGUUAUAUUGGUAUUACUUAGUAAUAAUUACUGUAUGUUUGUUAUGAUAUGUCUUGCACAAAUCUAUCCUUUUUCUGUACUAAUAAACAUAUUUUUUUUUAUACA